CUGCGUCUUUACUCGAUGCUAUAUUCGAUCGACGCCAUUUUGUCUCAAGUGAAUUAAAAUAAUUCCUCGAUUCGAUACGUGUACAGAAUCGGUUUCGGCUUAACAUCAGAUAUUCGACGGCGAAUUGAUUGAUAAUCGGGAAUCGAUAAAUUAUGAAGAAAACAUCGUCCCUUGUAUGGCGAUUUUUCGAUCGCUUGGAGGAGAAUAAAAGAUGUGUAGCUGUGGUGUGUAAAUUAUGUGAUUCCCAAUACAAAUACUUUGGGAAUACAACGAAUUUGCGGACGCAUUUAGUGAAUAAACAUCCUAUACAAUGGGAAUUAGGGCAGAAUGGAACAUUGGAAGAUAACUAUCGAGUGGAUGACGAUGAAGAUACAAAUACAUCGAGAUCUACUCCACGUAGGAAGAGAUACACAAAAAACUACAAGAAUGAUAACGUACGUUAUUCCAUAUCAGUUAAUAAGAACCCAGAUAGCAUGGGCGAGGAGGGUGGCAUACCUGUUAUAAAAGUAGAUGUACUAGAAAAUGAAACGGACACAGAUCAGCAUGACGACGAAGCAACGAUAAACCUCGUGAAACAGAUGGAAAACCGAGGUUCCGAUGAAGAAUGGUUAAACGAUGAAGUAUUUGAAACUGUAGAAGCGUACCAGCCACCGAAAAAGAAAAUGAAGUAUAGAACCAUCAAACGCGAGGUCACAACACCCCCUUGCUCAACUAACUACCAACGGACUCCCAAAGUUUCCAAACAAAUUAUAAUCGACAAUCGGAAAGACGAAUAUAGCGUUUUCGGUGAAUAUGUGAGCAAUAAAUUGAGGAAACUCAAAAAUAAUCAAACUAGAAGCAAUAUUCAGCAAUUAAUUACAACUAUACUGUGGCAAGCGGAGUAUGGUGUAUAUGAUAGUAUGGAGACCGUUAAAAGGGUGAUUCUACACUCUGUUCAAGAUAUGGAUGUACAGACGGAACAAGUUAUCGUACAUGAGAUUAACGAAACCAGUGGUGUGCAAGAUCCGAUUUUGGAUCAGUAAUUUUAAUACCAAAGAAAUGUGAUUUAAGUAUAGUGAUUUAAGCUUAUUGGUUGUAUAUUUAAAUAAAGGUAAAGAGUUUGAUAUAAA